ACAAGGACAGGAGUGGCAGAGGGAGAGAGGUUCAAGUGCCGGGUUUUCUCCUUGAACCUAGAAGAUUAUGGGUCAAGAGCUGUGUGCAAAGACUCUGCAGCCUGGAUGCAGCUGCCAUUGCUGUUGGGAGGGAGGCGAUGCACACAGCCGUCAGAGGAGUGCUCCGGUGAUGAUGGAGGCUGCGAUCAAGCUAACAGACCUAAAAGAAGCAUCAUGUUCCAUGACUUCAUUUCACCCCAGGGGACUUCAGGCUGUCCGUGCCCGGAAGUUCAAGAGUAAAAGGCCACGGAGUAACAGCGAUUCUUUUCAGGAAGAGGAUCUGAGUCAGGGUUUUCAGUGGAGGAAGAGCCUCCCCUUUGGGGCAGCCUCAUCUUACUUGAACUUGGAGAAGCUGGGUGAAGGUUCUUACGCUACAGUUUACAAGGGGAUUAGCCGGAUAAAUGGACAACUAGUGGCUUUAAAAGUCAUCAGCAUGAAUGCAGAGGAAGGAGUCCCAUUUACAGCCAUCCGGGAAGCUUCUCUCCUGAAGGGUUUGAAACAUGCCAAUAUUGUGCUGCUCCAUGACAUUAUCCACACCAAAGAGACACUGACAUUCGUUUUUGAAUACAUGCACACAGACCUGGCUCAGUAUAUGUCUCAACAUCCAGGAGGGCUUCAUCCUCACAAUGUCAGGCUUUUCAUGUUUCAACUUUUGCGGGGCCUGGCGUACAUCCACCACCAACACGUUCUCCACAGGGACCUGAAACCUCAGAACUUACUCAUCAGUCACCUGGGAGAGCUCAAACUGGCUGAUUUUGGUCUUGCUCGGGCCAAGUCCAUUCCCAGCCAGACAUACUCUUCAGAAGUUGUGACUCUCUGGUACCGCCCUCCUGAUGCCUUGCUGGGAGCCACUGAAUAUUCCUCUGAACUGGACAUAUGGGGUGCAGGCUGCAUCUUUAUUGAAAUGUUCCAGGGUCAACCCUUGUUUCCUGGGGUUUCCAACAUCCUUGAACAGCUGGAGAAGAUCUGGGAGGUGCUGGGAGUCCCUACGGAGGAUAACUGGCCUGGAGUUUCCAAGCUACCUAACUACAAUCCAGAAUGGUUCCCACUGCCUAAGCCUCAGAGCCUUCAGAAUGUCUGCAACUGGUUAGGCAGGGCUCCGGAAGCUGAAGACCUGGCCUCCCAAAUGCUGACAGGCUUUCCAAGAGACCGUGUCUCUGCCCAGGAAGCACUGGUUCACAAUUAUUUCAGGGCCCUGCCUGCUCGACUGCACCAACUUCCUGAUGUGGAGUCUUUAUUUACAGUUUCAGGAGUGAGGCUAAAGCCAGAAAUGUGUGACCUUUUGGCCUCCUACCGGAAAGGUCACCACCUAGCCGGGUUUAGCAAAUGCUGGUGA